AUGGGACCCCGCCCGCAAUCCAGACGGGCAUGCCUCCGCCACGAGGGCAACCAUUUUCUACAGACCGCGUUAAUGGUGAUGAAACAAGGGAAGAAGGAGAAACUGAAAGAGGGAGAACACGUGUUCGCAGCCUGCAUACCACCGAGAGGCGAGCGCGCAACAACCUGA